AGAAAUGUGGAAACUGGAAUGUUACCUUUCUUUGUAGAAGGAGGGGGGGGACAUUGAAAGAGUUGAAAGUGAGGAUUCAGAGUGGUGGUCACCUCUACCUCCAUAACCGCAUACCAGGCGAGCUUUAAAGAUGCAAUGCCUCUUCCCUUUCUGCUUUUUAUUUAAACGAAACCCAGGAAACCAUUUCAUUCCAUAUUUCUUAAAAUUUGGUUUUCAGUGUGCAGAGUUUUGCUUCUCCUCCACGAUUUUUAACCCCUGAAAAUCAGCCCCCGUUUUUAAUUUUCCCUUUUUGGCUCGAAAAAUAUUAAAAGUUUUUCCUUCGCAGAGUGAUUUUAAUAGAUUUGUGGGUUGAAGUGUGAUCAUUUAUAUAUAGAAUAAUCAUCACAUGAAACCCAGAAGCCCAUAGCUGCUUUGCUUCUGUUUAUAAUACAAUCUAAAGAGAAUUGGGAAUUGAGAGAGAGAGAAAUGGGGUUGCGAUUGAAGUGGUGGUGUUGGUGGUUAACGGUUACAGCGGUUGGACUUGGAGUGGUGGUUAGUGGUGUCUCUUCUGAGACUAAGAACACCAAUCUAGUUAGUCGUAUUGCUUUUGGAUCAUGUGCCAACCAAUCUGCUCCUCAGCCUAUAUGGGAUGCAAUCAUUAAGUUUGAUCCCCAAGUUUUUAUUUGGCUGGGUGAUAACAUAUAUGGAGACAUCAGGCUGCCUAAUAAGCUAUUUGGAAGGAAAAGGAAUAUUGGUCCAUGGAAGAAUACUGAAAGGUUUGUUCCUGCUAGUGAGCAGGAAAUGAAGUCCAAGUAUGAUAUAGCCAAGUCUAAUCCUGGUUAUUCUCGUCUUCGACAGAAGACUAAGGUCAUAGGCACAUGGGAUGACCAUGAUUAUGGAUUGAACGACGCAGGAAAAGAAUUUGUUGGGAAAAUAACUAAUCAAAGACUCAUGCUUGAUUUCUUAGACGAGCCUCAUGAUAGUCCACGGCGCAAACAAGCUGGUGUCUAUGCAUCUUAUACAUUUGGCCCCACAGGUAGACAAAUCAAGGUUAUCCUAUUAGAUACUAGAUACCACCGAGAUCCUUUACGUAGUGAUGGAAGUAUUUUGGGAAGUUCACAGUGGACUUGGUUAGAGAAAGAGCUGCAUGGUUCGCCGACAGCCGUUACUAUUAUUGGGUCAUCUAUACAGGUCAUAUCAAAUCUCUCAGCAACAACUGGGCCAUUUUUUUACAUGGAAUCAUGGGGCCGUUUUCCGAAAGAGAGAGAUCGAUUAUUUAAACUGCUGGCUGAUACUAAGAGGGGUGGAGUGUUUUUCAUUAGUGGAGACGUUCAUUUUGGAGAAAUUACGAGAUAUGAUUGUGCCACUGGAUAUCCACUGUAUGAUGUAACUGCAAGCGGAAUCACCCAAGCAGUUGAAAAGGUAGUUCCAGUGCCACUGCACUUUUUAGUGAGAUUUGUGGCUUGGUUAACUCCUGCCACCUUGAGAGUAAUGGAUGGAAAUUGCAGACGCAAGUCAUGCACUUACGGCAUGCCUAAUUUUGGAGCAAUCGAGGUAGAUUGGGAUGCAAAUCCUGUGACAUUGAAGAUUCAGGUGAGGGGUACGGAUGGCAUUCCUGUGGCAGGUGUAUCCGCACCGUUACCAGAAUUGCAAGCAAGAAAUUUCAACUAUGUGAGUAGCAGUAAAGUAGGAAAGCACCAAAAGCACUGCUAUCUUGAAAUCAAUCAACCAGGGAUUGUCAGAUAUCGCUUGGCUAUUUUAGCUUAUUGUGCUCUAGCUGUAUUGAUCCUGUCUAUGAUGGGUGCGAUUUGGCUUGCAGCAUUAUGUUGCUGCAGAUGUCCGCUUAAGAACAAGCGCGACUGACUGACUGAUUGAUAAAUGAGGUAGUUUAUUUGUUCAUCAGGGUAGCCAGUUUUGACAUGCUAAUAUCUAGAACUGCGUAUUCCCAAUAGUAAGUGCAUUGACGUACUUCUGUAUAGAUUUUCAAGUUUCGGAUCAAUGAUUGUAGUGAACGUUUGAUACACAAUUGGAGACCUCAAGUACUAGUAAAACUUACAUAAGAACUUUU